AAACACACACAAUGAGGUCAAAGCCGUCGAGUAGAAUCAUUCACUGGCAGUGUUGAAGCUAGAUCCAUCUUCUUCCACUUCGAUUUCCAUCUGUACUUCACUGACCCGACCCGCGAAAAUGCCGCCGAAACACGAAACUCAGGCUCUUCAUGGCUCUUCCUUCUCCACCGUCGCCGAUUCGUCGUCUUCCGCUUCCAUGGAUCCCCUCUUCCACAUUGUCCGGAUCCUACCCUUUAGCUUCCUCCGCCCGCCUCGCCUCCGCCUCAAGCUUCCAUCUUUCACCCUCCCAUCUCCGAUGACCGUCUUUGCGCUAGUCCUCCUCACCUACUUCAUGGUCGUCUCUGGCAUCGUCUACGACGUCAUCGUCGAGCCCCCCGGCAUCGGGUCCACCCAGGAUCCAUACACAGGCUCCGUACGACCCGUUGUUUUCAUGUCCGGACGCGUCAACGGCCAGUACAUCAUCGAAGGACUCUCCUCUGGCUUCAUGUUCGUUCUCGGUGGGAUCGGAAUUGUCCUAUUGGAUCUUGCUUUGGAUCGCAACCGCGCGAAAAGCGUCAAGGUCUCAUACGCCUCUGCCGGCGUCUUCUCCGUCCUGCUUGCUUAUGUAAUGAGUAUGCUUUUCAUUCGUAUCAAGAUCCCGGCUUAUCUUAGAUGAAUUUUGUUCAAUUUCGUAUUAGAUAGCUGGGUUUGAGCAAUGCGUCUCCAGUUGCAGACAUUCAUAGAUUUAACCUUGCCAAGUGCCCAUACUUCCCCUUUGCUUUCUGUAGUUUGUUAUACUCUUUGGAUUACUUAAGUCUCGAUGGUAAUUCGACUUGAUCUGAUAUCUAUAGCCAAAGUAGAGUUUUUAUUUUCACUGAUUUUUAAUGCAUAAUGAUUAUGCGUUUAAGACUCAGGCGUAUAAGGGUAAUGCAGUAAUGCUAUUCUAUUGACCGUCUCAUAUCUUUCUUCCAAAGAUAGGCUGCAUUCUGAUGCUGUGAUGCUUGCUUCUGUGCCAAUUGAGUAUGAAUGGUAGAAAUAGUAGCUGGUUCCCAAUUUUGUGUGCUUUCAUGGCCAAAUGUAUAUAUUUUGAUUAAGAGAGGUAUCUUGUGGCCACUGCACUGUCAAACAACCUUCAGGGUAAUAUGAGCCUGGAGGAAAUGCAGUUUUCAGGUAGGUUACCCAUAUAAAAUGGCGAUUAAUAUCUUUGGGCUGUCUGUUGUGGUGACUUUGUGUGGCCUUUACAUGUUUCAAGCAUUAUUCAUGGGUUGUCAGACUCAGACAGCCAAUAGAGCUCUUGAGUGAUGAAAUCAAGCGUGACUAUGUGAGAGACUGAAUUAUUAUUUUUGAUCAAGUUUAUGGGGCAGAUAAUGAAUACGCAAAUUGGAUUGUUAAGUCAAUUCAGAAACUUCAAACUCAAUUUUGCUUGUUUACUCAGCCUCCGUUGGGCUACAGACUGCUGAUUGUUCUGGAUAAACAGAGUAAUUAGGAGACUUUGUCUUUUACUGUUUUCUGUUGUAUGGUUGAACCAUGGCCUUUUAUUAGGGAGAAAAAAGCUUUAAUCCAUUGGGUAAUGUUGUGAUCGUGCUAUUCGUCAUGGAUAAUUAUGUACCUGAAGCAA